CUCUUUAUCGGUUUUGUUUUUGAAGCUUUCCCCAUUUUUUUACCCAAAUCCAAGCAAGUUUUCCCGGGUAUCUCUUGAGGACUACUCGGCUUCUAAACAAUCUCCAGCAAUAUAACCCCUCCUUUUCCAAGAUGUUUGGAUUUCUGAAGUCACCUGCCAAUAAUAAUAGUAAUAAUGUUUCUAAGCCGAACCCCCCCACUUCUAGUGGUAAUCCCUUUGAUUCAGAUUCAGAUUCCGAAGACAACAAGAUUCUUAAACCAGCAAGACGAACUUCCUCCGAGCCUAUGCUAUUAAUCUCAAAUCUUGGUGAGGAUGACCAUGGACAAAAAAAACAAUCUUCAGCUUCCACUAGACCAUCACCUGCAAGAGAUAAAAAUAGGUACAAGAAAAAUUUCCGUGACUCAGGAGGAUUACAGAACCAGACUAUGGAAGAACUUGAGAAUUAUGCUGUCUAUAAAGCUGAGGAGACAACAAAGAGUGUCAGUAACUGCUUGAAGAUUGCUGAGAACAUAAGAGAGGAUGCAACAAAGACACUUGACAUGCUGCAUCAACAGGGUGAGCAAAUUACAAGGACACAUGAGAUGGCUGUUGAGAUUGAUAAAGAUUUGAGUAAGGGGGAGAAGCUUUUGAAUAAUCUUGGUGGCAUGUUCUCUAUGCCUUGGAAACCAAAGAAGACCAAAAAUAUUACAGGGCCAGUAAUCACCUCAGAUAAGCCCUCCAAAAAGGGUGAAAAACAAUCACAGGAGAGACAAAAAUUGGGUUUAGCUCCUGCACCCAAAGCAGGUAGUAAAACACCUCCAGAACCGACGACAGCCUUGCAGAAAGUAGAGGUGGAGAAGACAAAACAAGAUGAUGCACUUUCAGAUCUAAGUAACAUUUUGGGUGAUCUGAAGGGCAUGGCUGUUGAUAUGGGAACCGAACUUGACAGACAAAACAAAGCUCUCGAUCAUCUUCAAGACGAUGUGGACGAACUGAAUUCUCGGGUGAAAGGUGCCAACCAACGGGCACGUCAUUUGCUUUCAAAGUGAAAAUUUGCGAACUGAAAGAUGUUAUGUAGAUGGUGAAAAAAGAAGGCCCUAGGUAGACACGCUUGGAUGAUCCCUGUUUACCUUUUCAUUUCCCCACUCCGUUAUUGAUUAUGUUGUAAUAACUAAUUUCUGGUGUU